CGCCUCGGUCAGAGUCUGGCUUUGCUGUCGGGGUCCGACUCUGCCUUUAAACCGAGGGACGGUGUUGGGGAAGCGGAGCUCCGCAGCCUCCGGAACCGGGACAGCAGCUCGUUCAACGCCGCAGACGUCACUCCGAACCCGGGCCUGACGCUGUAUCGUCGUGACGAUGGCAGACAGCUCCCACUGUUUCUACUGCCGGGAGGACCUGGGCGGGAAGCGGUUUGUCCGAAGCGAGGGGAAGCCGGUGUGUGUUCGCUGUCACACAAAGUUCUGCGCCAACUCAUGUGCAGAAUGCCACAGACCCAUCUCAGUGGAGACAAAGGAGCUGAGCCACAAAGGGCGUCACUGGCAUGAGGAGUGUUUCCGCUGCACAAAGUGCUACAAGCCUCUGGCCAAGGAGCCGUUCAACACCAAGGAUGAGCGCAUCAUGUGUGUGAAGUGCUGCUCCAGAGAUGCUGCUCCGCGCUGCCACAGCUGCUAUAAACCCAUACCUGCUGGCAUUGAGAGCGUGGCAUACAAAGGAAACUCGUGGCACGACGAAUGUUUCACCUGCUGCAGCUGUAAACGACCCAUCGCAUCGCAGAGUUUCCUCUCUAAGGGAGAUGAUGUUUACUGCAACCCCUGCUACGAUGAGAAGUUUGCCAAGACCUGCGUCAGCUGCAAAAAACCGAUAACGUCCGGAGGAGUGAACUACCAAGAGCAGCCGUGGCACAGCCACUGCUUUGUGUGCAGCUCCUGCUCAAAGCCUCUGGCUGGGACCAGUUUCACCACCCACCAGGACCAGGUCUUCUGCGUCGACUGCUACAAGAGCUCAGUGGCAAAGAAGUGCAGUGGCUGCCACAACCCAAUCACAGGUUUUGGUAAAGGUGUGAAUGUUGUGAACUUUGAGGGAAGCUCCUGGCAUGAAUAUUGCUUCAACUGCAAGAAAUGUUCCCUCAGCCUGUCCAACAAACGCUUCGUGGCUGAAGGAAAAGACAUCCUCUGCACCACCUGCGGCAACAAGGAGUGACGGACAGAAAUCAAUCUUCUGUUUCCUAACCACUCAGCCUGUUUUUACACAACGACAAAAGUCCACAUUUCAACUUGUUGUUAUCUAAUUCUCUUGCUUUCAAGGAUGGAAGGACAUUGAGACCUUCUGGUGCUCAGUGAUUGUUUGACGAUGUCUGUUUUUCUUUAAAAAGGAUUGAUGAGUUUCUAUUUUGAUAAAGAAUGCCUAUCAUUCAGCACACAACCAGCAUGAAACCAAAGUUUACUUUGAAUGCAUUUUUUGGGUUUACUAUCCUGCAGAAAUCAGUAGAGAUCAAUAUAUAAGUAUAGUUUAAACAGUAUUUCUUUUGUUCAAUGUUUGUGUCUUUAAUGCCUAUCACUUGUUUUCUUUUUUUUAUUUUAUUAAUGCCAUCCUGGUGUCAAAUAAUCAGUGUCAACAUUAUUUGUAAAAAAAAAAUAAGAGCGCUUUUUAAACUUUUAUUCACUCUAUGUAAACAAUAAAUUCAUCUUAAAUUGAGAUGUCUUGAUGUGUUGCUCAAGUGAAAUGCAAUAAAGCUUCUACAAAACAA